CUAAAAAUUGAACAGCUGCAAUCAUCUUGCUGCUCAUGCGUGAUAAACUGCCGUUUGGUGAUCACCAGUAAGCAGGUUUCAUAAUAACGAAGACAACGCUUUGACAGCUAGUAUUUGUAGUUUGUAUGAGGAGAAUAGUAAUCAUCCUAAAAGAUAAUACCUCAGUAAAGGAAAAAAUAAGACCGAGUUUAACGAUCUUUCAUAUUUUAAAUUACUACUAACCAAUGAAUAAAAUUUAUGUAGAACUGCUGUUGUUUUUUCCCGAGCCUUUCCACCAUAUUGUUUGAGAGAAGAUUUUAGAGAAGCAUAGGAGAUCCUUUAGAAGUUGAUAAUGGAUUAUUGCAAAGUCCUUUCUCUUCAACAUUUAUCCUGUUCAAAAACAGUUCAGUUACUUUUUAAUAAGCAUAUCCCAUCGAUUGAUGUCUCCAAUAUGGCUCCACCUUUAAUAAGAUUUAAGCUUAUGAUUAUAAGAACAAUACCACAUGCUGAAUACAGAAGGCUUAAAAAGCAACUUGAGAUGGAUAUAAAAAAGCUUAAUCUAUCAGUCGCACUGCAAAAAAGAAUGGAAAGUUAUAUUACACCUAUAUUCUGUGAAAUUGAAGAGUGGUUAAAUGCUUGCUUUCUCAUUUGGGCAAAAAAAGAUGACACUAUGCUUGUCGUUAUGAAGAGUAUCCCACACUGCUGGUCAACUGAUGGAACACUGGAUCGAGCAAAAUCCGCAAAGUUAAUAGCUCGAAACAAUAAUUUACUAUUAAUAAACCGCUUUAUAUUUGCAUGCAUUUAUUGUGUUUACGAGGAGAUUCAAAAUCUAUGGGAACAGCUGACACCAAAAGAUAAAGCCUACUUUCUGGAAGAAAAUAGCCUUCAUAGUUACCUAAAUUCCAUUAUUAAAGAAUGGAUUACAUAUUUGGAGAGCUGGUUAAACAAAGAUUGGCAAUUCUGCGUUGCAUGGAUUUUGGGAACCAAAUUAUGGGAAAUGAAUGUGUAUGUGAUGAAGCGUGUUUUAUUAGCAUUGACCCCUAUAGAAAGAAGUCAUUAUCUGCUGCAAGCUUUAAUCGACAAAGAAGUUGAUAGUGAUGUUAUGCGUUUUUGUCUCAUGAUAAUGACCAGAGAUGAGCUAGAACUGGUUUGCAAAGCAUCUGCAGUUCAAGUAUUCAAGGGCCUAGCAUCUUGGCCAUUGCGAACCUGUUUCACCGAAAUAAUAGAUAAGUUUUGGCCGUAUAUUACUGUUGAGGAAUUCACAGAUUUGGUUUCUAUGCUUUUGCAUAAGAUCAAAGAUGAGAAAUAUGAUUAUCCUGAUCUCGCAACAAUCUUGAAAAAAUUUUGGUCAAAGAGCCCACCUCGCUACCGACGUAUUGCAGGAGAAAAUUUGCGUGAUUUAUCCAGGGCAUUAUAUUUUGUUUUGAGAUUCGAAUACUCGUUUACAAAACAGGCAUACUUAGAUUGCUGGUCGAUUCCUGAAGAAUAGAUCGAAUUCAAUCUGUCGUCAGUCUUAUUUUUAUUUGAGUCUGAUUUUCCUGCUAUGUAUUCUCUCAUCUUCAUUCCAACUAAAUAUUCAUCUAACUGUAACCAUAUGCAUAUAUUGUCUGUGUAUACAGAUAUAAUAUAUAUAUAUAAUCUUCAAUAUUGUGUUAGUUUAUGUAGUUUACUUUUGGCAGUAAUCAUUGUUAAAUAAAAUCGUUUUGUAUUUAUAUUGUGCUUUGUCAUGACUCCUCAGGAAACACCUACCAUAAUGACGUUGAGAUUUGUUGAAUCGCCAUAUAGGCAAAAAUUCACAGAUGAAUAAUAAGGAAUCUUCAAUUCUAGAAAAAUACAUUGUCUACUUUUUUUAUUAUUUCUAAUAGAAGGCAUACCAUUUUUAUUAUUUCACAAGUUUUGUUUAAUCUUUUUUUUUUCAUUUCUUCAAACAAAUUUACAUUUUAGGUAAUUUAACUAUUUAUUUUAAUAGUUUUAGUCUUUAAUUAUGCUUUUAAAUUGUCCUUCCCUUGUAUCAUGAUUAUCUUUUCUAAAGAUUGUUAUUCAUUUAUUUGUUACUAGUAACUUUUGAUAACUAGCUGGUUGGAUUGGAUUGAUGAUAACUAAAAUUCUGUCAUCUUAUAUAAAAUUUGACCUUCCAUUUGAAAUAGAAAUGAUUAAACUUCAUUAACAUUCAAAUGAUUAAACUUAAUGCAAAAUAUUUCUUGUAGAAACUAUUUUAAAAUGGCCAAACUGUAAGAGAUUUUCAGCAUUGCUUACUUUUAAACCUGAUUGUACAUAUAAGAAAACUGUAAAAAGAACUUUUUUAAGUAAACUUAAAACAUAACUUAAUCAUCAUGGAAAAGUGAAAUAUAUUUUCAUACUUUCAUCAUUUUUAUUUGCUCCAUACUUAUCAGAAUAUCGAAAAAUGAAGGAGAAAUCCUGAAGUCGGAUUAGAAGGCUCCUUUAAUAACUCCUUUUGUGCUCUAGCAUUCAAAGCUUUUAAGACUGUUCAUAACAGACUUUUCAUUUUAGAGUUGCAGAGGGGUGAUGGAUUAAUAUAUCUUUUAUAUAUACAUACACUUUCUAAAUUUUUAUACAUUAUAAUUUUCUUCUGUAUUAUUAUUUUUACAUUAUUAUUUUUGUAUUAAUUAUUUUGUAUAGUUUUGUGUUUACAUUUUUGCAAUAUUCUAAAUUUCUCUGAAUGUUCGCAUGUAUGUUUUAGAUUCAAGACGCUGUGUUUUUUUUAUUAGUUGUGACAUAUAUACUCUCAGAAUUUUCAACAACAGAAGAAAAUUACUGAUUAAAAUAUUUUUAGCUAGAAUAAAAACAAUUUGAGUUUUUUUUUUUUUUUUUUCCCUGUAGAGGAGAAAAAAAAGUGAAAUAAUUUCAAAAUAUGUUUAAAUAUUGAAUUCUUCACUCGCCAAAUUGAUUAACUCCAUAAAACAAGAAGUUGAGAAAAAUGAUAAAAUUGUAUAUGCUGUUUUUUUAAAUUAUGAAUUCAAAAAUACGAUGUAGACUAUAUUACUGCAGAUGCAUCUUUCAUCUAACAACAUUUAGAAAAUAUAAGAUAGAAUAUCUUUCGAAUAAUUGUUAUUAUUAUUACAGUCUUUGCAUGAUUAAAGGAGUUAAUCAAUUUGAGAAAUGAAAAUAUUCAUCUAACUGUAACCAUCUGCAUAUAUCAUCUGUGAAUAUGGAUAUUAUAUAUAUGUGUGUAUAUAAAAUCUUCAAUAUUUUGUUAAUUUACGUAGUUUACUUUUGGCAGUAAUCAUUGUUAAAUAAAAUCAUUUUGUAUUUA